GCCCCGCCUGCCGUGCGCUGCCCAGUGGGGCGGCCCCGAGGUCAGACAGAGACGCACGCAGACGCCGCUGCCUGGGGCCCGGUCAUGUGGGGCCGCCGCGGGCUGAGCUGUGCAGCCCGGGUUCUGCUUGGUGUCCCGCGGGCGGCCGGGGGCUGGACCAGCGGCCGCCGCCCGCUGCAGCCCGUAAAUGUGAUUUUUCGAAAUCUUGACACUGCUGCUGAUUGUAGUCUUUCGUAUAAAGAACUCAAAGGCUUGCUAAAAUCCAGAACAACUCUUAUUGAUGUUCGAGAGAAGUGGGAAAUUGGACAGUUUGGAAAAAUUCCUGGAUCCGUCAACAUACCAUUGGGUGAGGUUGUGGAAGCUCUACAGAUGAACCCAAAAGACUUUAAAGAACGGUACAAUCAAGAUAUGCCUGCUAAAUCUGACCAUCUAGUCUUUUCCUGCAUGGCUGGAGUGCGAAGCAAGAAGGCAUUGGAUAUUGCUAUGUCUUUGGGCUUCAGCAGAGUUCAGCACUAUGCUGGUGGCUUGGAGGAGUGGGCAAAAUAUGAAUCACCAGAGAAAAAACAAUCAAGAUAAAUUUUGGAAUAUAAGCCUUGUUACAUAGUGUCCUGAAACUUACACAAGGCUAGUAAUAUCUUGUAUGAAAUAAGAUUGAGAAUGUAGUGUGAAGGGGAACAAUUGUUUAUAUAUGUAAAGUUAAUACACACUGUUAAAUGUAGCUGGUUAUUUUGAAUUUAAAUUGAUUGAGAGUUGAAGAUUACACGAGUAGACUGUUCAUUCUCCUUUGGUCAUAUGUUAAAAUUACUGUGGAAUUACUCCAUGAAGAAAACUUAACUUAAAGCUAAGGACUUCAAUGUAAAAACUGAACAUGCUGUACUAAUAUAUAUACAUCAUAGUAAUGUAUACAACAGGGGAUCAUGAUUAAACUUACGAUGAUGAGUAACAGACUUUAUACAAGUCAUUUUGUUAUAUAUUCCUCUUGGCACAGUUAUCUAGAAACAUCAGAUUGCAGUUAUUUUAAUUGCGUUAGAAUGAUACUUUGCAGUUAAGUACCAAUUUACUCUGAGUAUAGCAGCUGUUCUUAACCUGUCUGUCUUGUCGGGAGGGUAAAUAGGAAGGAAGGAACAGAUCCUGCAAACACAAGAGGUGACACUCUCUCUCUCAAAUUUGACUGCAAAAUGUAAUGAGUCUGGCUAUAGGAGCUAUGCCUGGGUACUUCAAGAAAGUUCAGUAACAUUUGUUUAAAAGCAAAUGUAGAGUUUUGGACAGAAAACUACAGACAAUGCAUAUACCUCCCUUAUGAGCCUAAUGUGAAAUAAGAAUUUAGGCAUAUAGAUGUGAUUGAUUUUAGGUUAGGAUUCUUCAGAGCCCAAGGGAGUUA